AUGAAAUGUUUACAAAGAAAAUUGGAGUAUAGGGGGCCACGAGUUGAGAAAACGGAAAAGAAGCAUACCCUGACUGGCCAUUCCGGAAAAGUAAUGGCGGCCAAAUUCUUAGGCGACGCCUCAAAAGUAGUCACAGGAAGUCACGAUAGGACGUUAAAAGUAUGGGAUUUGAGAAGUAGAGCUUGUAUAGAAACGAAAUUUGCAGGUUCGAGCUGUAACGAUCUAGUAACAGUGGAUAAUGCAGAUACCAAGUACCUGUUAGCCUGCGUAAGAGAUGAUACACUGAAAUUGAUUGAUUUGAGGAUGAAUCAAGUUGUUAAAAAUUUUAGGUCGGCUGUGACUGCAACGGCGUGGCACCCUUACGGCAGCUACCUGGCCAGCGUGGACCGAUCGAAAAGGGCUGUUAUCUGGGCUGGCGAUCUCUAG